GAGGCCGGUAACAUCAACAGAGAGGACAAACCCAGCCUGCCUCUCUCCUUCCACACUGAGUCCAAACCUACAGUCACUGGGUCCUGAUUGUGACAGUGGAGCCCAGUUUGCACUGCAAGAUCCAGAGAUGGCAUCAGUGAAGCUGGAAGACUGCAGUGAAACACUGGAGCUGAAUGUCAACAUUAAAGAUGAAGAAGAGGAGGAGAAGAUUGGGAAAUCUGUUAAUCAUGGAGACCAUGUUGAGACAUUCUCUACAUCCAGAGAGCAACAGCAGGAAGAUCACAGAGCUAAGAGGUCUCACCCCUGCCCACAUUGUGAGGAGAUUUUCCCAUUUUUAUCAAAGCUAAAAAUACACCUAAAAAUACACACAGAAGAGAAUCGGUAUUCCUAUACUGACAGUGGGAAGAGUUUCACAACAUCCAAGGAUCUGACAGUUCAUCAGAGAGUGCACACAAGAGAGAAGACUUACUCCUGCUCUGAGUGUGUAAAAUGCUUCACAACAUCAACUUGGCUAAAAGUUCAUCAGAGAACACACACAGGAGAGAAGCCUUACUCCUGCUCUGAUUGUAUAAAAUGCUUCACAACAUCAGCUAAACUAAAAGUUCAUCAGAGAACACACACAGGAGAGAAGCCUUACUUCUGCUCUAACUGUGGAAAGAGUUUCUCUCUAAUGUGCAACUUAAAACGACAUGAACGUAUACACACAGAGAAGCUUUACUCCUGCUCUGACUGUGCGGCGAGUUUCUCGCUACUGUGCAAAUUAAAACGACAUGAACGUAUACACAAAGGAGAGAAGCCUUACUCCUGCACUGACUGUGGAAAGAGUUUCUCGCGACUGGGCCACUUAAAAACACAUGAACAAAAACAUACAGGAGAGAAGCCUUACUCCUGCUCUGACUGUGGAAAGAGUUUCUCUCUACUGGGCCAGUUAAAAAUUCACCAACAUAUACAUACUGGAGAGAAGCCUUACUCCUGCUCUGACUGUGGAAAGAGUUUCUCUCGACUGGGCCACUUAAAAACACAUGAACAAAAACAUACAGGAGAGAAGCCUUACUCCUGCUCUGACUGUGUAAAAUGCUUCACAACAGCAACUGAGCUAAAACUUCAUCAAAGAACACACACAGGAGAGAGGCCGUACUCCUGCUCUGACUGUGUAAAAUGCUUCCCAACAUCAACUAGGCUAAAAGUUCAUCAGAGAACACACACAGGAGAGAAGCCUUACAUCUGCUCUGACUGUGCGGCGAGUUUCUCUCUACUGUGCAACUUAAAACGACAUGAAAGUAUACACACAGGAGAGAAGCCUUACUCCUGCUCUGACUGUUCGGCGAGUUUCUCUCUACUGUGCAACUUAAAACGACAUGAACAUAUCCACACAGGAGAGAAGCCUUAUCACUGCACUGACUGUGAGAAGAGAUUCUACAGAUUGAGCCAUUUAAAAAGACACCAAUGUAUACAUAAAGGAAAGAAGCCUCAUCAGAUCUCUCAGACCAGCUAAGAUUAGACACUCCACUUAAUUCUUAUCUCAUAAAGUAAUUGGCAACGUUGAAUUGGAUCAAAUGAAGAAAGUGUAGAACACUCUAUUGUAAUCCUAUAGUUUCUCACUGUAAGAGAACUGUGCAGAGGAAAGGGAGCGUUAUAGAAUGUUAGCCUCUCUUUACUGAUCAGUGUGCACCUUGUCAGUUUUGGUGUGUUUUGUUAGCUUCUACUGUAAAGAUAUUGAGAUGACCUUGGAUUUGCCCUUAGGGUUGAAUAUCCUCUGUGAGACGUCUCACAAUGGAGUCCGAUGGUUGACUGGGUGGUACUGCUUCCCUCUGCAGUUUCCUGUGGGAAUGAGCUGGUAGACACAACAUACUCUGAGUGUACAAAACAUUAAUGACACCUGCUCUUUUCAUGACAUAAACUGACCAGGUGAAAAGCUAUGAUCCUUAAUAAUGUAGUUGUGGUGUAUUUAUUAUGGAUCCCCAUUAGCUUUCAGUAUAAAACAAGAUGUUGCAGUGGGCUAAGGAAUGAAGACUGGACACUGGAGAAUGAAUUUGAACAACAUUGCCUGGUCUGAUGAAUCCCUGUUCCUGCUGUUUCAUGCUGAUGGGAGGACUAUGGUAUGGAGGAAACCAUGAGUACAUGCAUCCAGUGGUGAAAAAUUACCCAACUGUCAUACUUGAGUAAAAGUAAUGAUACCUUAAUAGAAAAUGACUCAAGUGAAAGUCACCCACUAAAAUACUACUUGAGUAAAAGUAUUUGGUUGUAAAUAUACUUAAGUAUCAAAGUAAAAAUAUGAAUAAUUUCAAAUUCCUUAAAUUAAGCAAACCAGAUGGCACAAUUGU